GGGACGCCACCUCCUGGACUCUUUUUCCUUUUUUUUCUUUUUUUAAUUUUUGUUUUGUUUUGGACCUGACUUCCCGCAGGCAGCACUGAGGGGCUGCAAGUGCGGGGUGAGAAGGAGGCAGGAGGCUGCGGCUCAGCUUAUCCUUCUCGGGCGGCAUCAACAAGGCGUCGCAGAGAACGAACUGCUGGACGGACGAACGAACAGCCGGCCGCGCCAUCUAUUCGAUGGAACUUCAUCUACCAACUACUGUUGACUGUUUGCUGGCACGACAGUGGUGAGGGUGGUGAUGGUGGAGGAUUCCAUUAGUGUUACUUCUGGACAGGGGAUUUGGGACUUCGAUUGGGGUCAGCUUAGUACUCCAAAACUGCUGAGGAAUUAGGCAAACAAAAGAGAGGGAGAGAGAGAGAGAGAGAGAGAGAGAGAUCCUCUGAGCGGAUUGUCGCGCCCCUUGUUCUCUGGGGGUAGGGGCUAGCCCCUUGCAGGGCGGGAAGAGGGUACCAGAGCAGGCGAGGCGGGGUCGCGCCCUUAGGUCGUGUAGUUACCCUCCGGUUGUGCAAGCUUUGGCCCUUGUUUUCCCGUCCUGGCUAGUUUGGAGGCUGGACACAUCCACCCUUGGAAUUGGUUCAUGACUCUGCUGUUAUUCUUCUUGUCCCUCUUGGAUUUUCUGGAUUCUUGAAGACGCGGUGGCGCGGGAGGAGAGAGGAAGGAGGAAGGAACUGAUCUUCAGAGGAAUGUGAGAGCCUAGCCUCCCAAAGCGGGAGCAGCCAGAAGGAGCUGGGAGCCGGGGAGGCAGAACCCUGCUUGCGUCCUGGGACCGUGGUCUGCGGCUGAUUUUGUUGUUGUUGUUGUCGUUGUACAACAUUGUUCUAGUGCAAAGUGUCUGCCGCAUUCUUAUUCUAGCAGAGCUAGUUUCUCCAGGCCAUUUGACUUUUCUAGUUGGUGUGAGAGAAGGGGCUGCUAGGGGAGAGCUAAAAGGCUGUGGCCAUGUCUAACACCUCCCUGCUUACAGGUAGAUAACACCAGGGCUGGAUAAGGCGGUUUCUGGACCAUGGACAUUUCUUUGAAGAGAAGGCAGCUAGACAGCAUCUUGUGCAUGCUGAGACCCUGCCUGAGGGUCUGAGUAAGUUGUACUAGACUUUGAGCUGCAAGUACAUUUUUGGACACCCUGCUGACCAUCUUGGGUCUGGGCAAGGCAUUUCCCUUCCAAUCUUGAUUUGUCCGGUAGCCUAGCCAUGGCACUGAAAGGCCGAGCCCUCUAUGAUUUCCACAGUGAGAACAAGGAGGAAAUCAGCAUCCAGCAGGAUGAAGACCUGGUUAUCUUCAGUGAGACCUCACUGGAUGGCUGGCUGCAGGGGCAGAACAGCCGUGGGGAGAGAGGGCUCUUCCCUGCUUCUUACGUUGAGAUUGUCCGUCCUGGCAUCAGCACCAACCAUGUGGACUAUGCCAACAGCUCUGCAGUCUCCCUGGACACCGAAGUGAGUUUGUAUACCAACCCUAGUAUGACCAACACAGUCAAGAGUGGGGGCAGUGAUGUCCUCCCAAAUCAACAAGGAAACUUUGAAGAGGAUGAUGAUGAUGACUGGGAUGACUGGGAUGAUGGAUGCACAGUGGUAGAUGAGCCAGGGGCUGGUGGUCUAGGUACCAAUGGGCACCCUCCACUUAACCUUUCCUACCCAGGUGCCUACCCCAGCCAGCAUAUGGCUUUCCGACCGAAGGCACCCUUGGAAAGACAGGACAGUUUGGCAUCUUCCAAGCGGGGCAGUGUGGUGGGACGUAACCUCAAUCGUUUCUCGUGUUUUGUGCGCUCUGGAGUAGAGGCUUUUAUUCUUGGUGAUGUGCCCAUGAUGGCCAAGAUUGCUGAGACAUACUCCAUUGUGAUGGGCCCUCGUGGCCCUCAGUGGAAGGCCAACCCCCACCCAUUUGCUUGCUCCGUAGAGGAGCCCACCAAACAGACCAAGUUCAAAGGCAUCAAAACUUACAUAUCCUAUAAGCUCACACCCACCCAUGCUGGCUCACCUGUUUACCGGCGCUACAAACAUUUCGACUGGCUCUACAACCGCCUUCUACACAAGUUCACUGUAAUCUCUGUGCCCCACUUGCCCGAGAAGCAGGCCACUGGGCGCUUUGAGGAGGACUUCAUUGAGAAACGCAAGCGGAGACUCAUCCUCUGGAUGGACCACAUGACUAGCCACCCUGUGCUCUCUCAGUAUGAGGGCUUCCAGCAUUUCCUCAGCUGUCUAGAUGACAAGCAGUGGAAGAUGGGUAAACGUCGGGCAGAGAGGGAUGAGAUGGUGGGGGCCAGCUUUCUGCUCACCUUCCAGAUCCCCACAGAACACCAGGAUCUGCAGGACGUAGAGGACCGGGUGGAUACAUUCAAGACUUUCAGUAGGAAGAUGGACGAGUGCGUCCUACAACUUAGCACCGUGGCAUCAGAGAUGGUGCGCAAGCACGUGGGAGGCUUCCGCAAGGAAUUCCAGAAGCUAGGAAAUGCCUUCCAGGCCAUUAGCCUUGCCUUCCAGAUGGAUCCUCCCUUUAGCUCUGAGGCCCUCAACAAUGCCAUUUCUCAUACCGGCCGGACCUAUGAAACUGUUGGUGAGAUGUUUGCUGAACAGCCCAAGAAUGACCUCUUCCAAAUGCUUGACACACUGUCUCUCUACCAGGGCCUGCUCUCCAACUUUCCUGACAUUAUCCAUCUGCAAAAAGGUGCUUUUGCCAAGGUGAAGGAAAGCCAGCGCAUGAGUGAUGAGGGCCGCAUGGCUCAGGAAGAGGCAGAUGGCAUUCGCAGGCGCUGCCGUGUGGUAGGCUUCGCCCUGCAGGCCGAGAUGAACCACUUCCACCAGCGCCGUGAGCUUGACUUCAAGCAUAUGAUGCAAAGCUACCUGCGCCAGCAGAUCCUUUUCUACCAGCGGGUGGGCCAGCAGCUAGAGAAGACACUGCGCAUGUAUGACUGUCUCUGACCCUUCUGGCCAUAUAUAUAGGUCCUCUUCCCACCAGGACCUGGCCACUGCGGUCCACCCCACUCCAGGCUUCUCUGCCCCUAGCAGUGGGUGUUAAGGAGUGAGUGAGGAGUGGCCUGUUAGAAGAGAAGGGACUUUUGAGAAGUCCUGGUACCCCUGGAGAAGUCUUCCCUCACUUUAAGAUGGGUAACUGGAGGUAGGAGUCCUCUGAGCCAAAGUCUGGGCUGCUGGUCAGUCCCUGGAGAGCAGACGUCUCUGGAGCCUAUAGUGCAUGCUCACCUGGCCACCACACCUUGUUCGUUCCCUGGGCCCCACGAACUGCUGUGACCAUGGCUGAGACAUUGGUGACCAAGGCUGGAACAUGCCUGUCCUGGAGAAGCCCCUGGAUAUCAGUCAGUGCAGUGUGACAAUGCCACUUAAGAAUUCAUGGAAACUCCUUGAAGGGACCACAGAACUCUGCUGGUCAGGGGGCAUUCCAUGGAGUAGGUGACAUACUAGAAAUCUCUUGAAGAAUUACAAGGACCUACAAGACAGUAAAUGGGGUGGAGGACAUUUUGGGGAGAGGACCGGUGUUCAGUCUCUUCUCCCUUACCUUUUCCAUGGGUUGUGAUCUGCAUGACGGAGGGAGGAAUCAUCCUUGCUCCUUGGUCCCUGGCUUUCCCUGCCCCACCCAUGCUUCUGAAGGAGGGACUGCAGGCCAACUCCCUCCUAUAAGUCUUAACCAGGUCCCCCAUCCUGGUUGGGGGACCUCCCCCUCACUGAUUAGGGCACUAUGCAGCAACUUUCCCUUCUGUGGGCUCAAGAUGCUCAAGCCACAGAGCACUGAGCCCUGGUGGUGCCUUCCUGGAGGGAACUCUCGAAAGUUAAUAGCAGUAAUUCCCCAUUCUCCUAGCAGGUCCCUUCUGUCCCCAGUUCCCAGGAGCCUUUGCUUCUGUGGGCUGGUCUUCUUAAAUCCUUCUCAUUGCACAGUGGAAAAUCUGAGAGAAAGAAUCUGGGGACUUUAGACCCCCUGCUCCUGGGCAGGCUCACCUAUGUUUACAUCCUCCAGGAGAUACUGCCCCUUUCCCCUUAGGCCAGGAUGUGACCCAGCAGCAUGCUGUUGGGAAGUGACCCUGUGCCCCCUUGCCUUCCUGGGAAGUCAUGGUCUGCUCCUGAGUCCUGCUGCUUGACUUUCUUUUCUUGAUAAACGUUUUACAGUUUC